AUGGCCGGGCUACUGAAUUUGUUCCCGUUUCCGGAUCCAGAACAAUUGCCAGAUUCUAAGGAAAUGGGCCUCGAGCAGAAGCCGCGUUUUUGGUUUCCGAAUGUGUUGUGGGUGGCACUUUUGCUGGUUGUGCCGGGCGGGGCUGGAUUUGCGGUGGGAUGGGCAGCUGAACACAACGCAGUAAAACCGGCCGGAUGCGGGCAACUUUCCUUACAUUGUCAAAAAUCUGGAAACUGUCCGGCUCUCAAAAGCAGCUCGGAAUUUCCAAAUACCCUUCGCUGUACGUAUCGUUAUUGGCUGGAAACAAACAUGGGCCACCGCUUGCAUGUCACCAGCAAAUUUGCUGACACCUCUAAGCCGUAUCUCUUGAAGGUUUGGUCCCAGGAGGGGCUUCUGCGAAGAUAUAAAGCCGAUUCAAACGACACAAUAAUAUUCGGCGGAAAUUUCCUGAUUAUCGAUUUUCAAGCGAAUUCCGUUUGGAACGAUGGGGAUUAUUGGCAGAUCGUCCUGCAACUCGGAGAGAGCAACUUCCCCGUUGAAAAGAUUACCAUUUACAACUCCUUGACGCUUCCAUUAAAAGAUAUUUACCCGGCGACUUUCCGCUUUAUGGUAAAUGAUAGCUCACUGAAUAAAGAUCCCGUGUCGGGAGAUAUGUAUGCGGUGUCGAGCCCUGCGGAUACGCCUUAUACGCAAAACGUAUGGCUGAAAGCGAACGUGUACCAGAGGGCCUACGAGUUUAAGCUUUCAGACUACACGCCAACUUCUGCGCAACUGGAACCCGUUUUCAACCCGAGCUGGAGCUCAAUGACGUUGGAAAAUAAUAAUUCAAGCCCAAGCCAAUCGCUUAACACGAUUGUACAUCUACAGGCUGACUUGCCUAACGCUAAGUUGGCGUUUUUCCAAUCCGACGGCUCUUUUUCGAUAACGGCCAAGCGAGAUAGUGUUGACAAAACGUUGCUGAUCACAAUUUUGAUACCAGGAGGUUCGGCGAAGAUCAGCAACAUCGAGGUGGUCGGGGACGACAAAAUCAGCAUAAUCACGGGUGGAAGCUAUUCGAUGAAUGAAGCAGCGGCGUAUCAAUACAUGGAUGAAAGUAUCUCAAACUUGGCCAAGAAAGCUAUGACAGUACGAGGAGCGGCGGUGACAAUACACGCACUCGACGCUACGGAAAUUCGUUUACGAAUAAAU